AUGCAAGCACCAUCAACCAGUGGUAUGGGCACCGCCGACGGUAUCAACGGCCCUCUGAACCCUUUUGUCGUGACUCCACCUCCUCCCGACGCUAAAGACGAUGAGAUUCCAGGCUACGUGAAACGAUUUGGAGCAUACCACACCCUGACCGAGGGUGUUUUCUUGCCAGCGGGCACUCUCCUCCCAAAAGGAGCCGGUUUCGCGAUGCAGUCAACCAUCGACUUUGGAUUGCAUUUCCCGAAAGGUACCAAGGUUCCAGGCGGAUUCCUUCUUCCUGUCUCCGUGGUGAAGAAGCCAGAGCCCAAAAAGGAUCCGCCUCCAUCGGAAAAUCCAUUCUGUUUGAUACAAUAG